AUGCGUUUCCCUGAUUCUGCAACUGAUUUCAAUUUGCUAUCGCAAGUGCGAUUCCGCCACGGCACAAAUGGCUUUUCUCGCAAUAACAAUAUAAACGACGCAAUUAAUCAGACAAAUGUUGAAGGGAAUAAAAAAGCUACUGGUAAUGAUGAUGUUAAAAUUGUUGUUGAUGCUGCAGAUAAUCUUCCCGUUUCUCAUCAUUUUGAUCAAGGAGUUGGCAUUGAUUCAGAAGAAGUUGUGGAUGAAGAUAAGUAUAGUUUUGGAGAAGAUGGUGUCAAAGAUGAUGGUGUCUGGGAAAUUGCUGCUAAUGAUUUAAGAACUAUUUGCCGAAUAAAACCUCAUGUUGAUGUAAGUUCUGAUGAUUCUUGGUGA